CUCACUUUUUUUUUUUUUCUUUCGUCUUUUCAUUUUAUAUAAUACUGAUCAUGGAUGUCUCUGGAGUACUUGAAGCUCACAAGCAAAAGUUUAAGUCAGUGACAGUAGAAGGAAAGAUCAUUCCUGUCGAAUAUGAUCUCGGUCUUCUUGCUGCAUAUGACCAAAACCCUGUUGAUGAAGGAGAGCUCAAUAAGAACAAGGAUGAAUAUCUUCAAUCCCUCUCCCGCGACAACGCUCAACUUCUUUUCAAUGAGAUCUUUCAACUUCCAACAAUAUCCGAUGACAAUGGCGUGAUGGCAAUGCUUCCAACGCCUACAACUCUCUUACCCCGUGAAAAACCCUUGCCCAAACCCAAACCCGAGACCCGUUGGGAGAAGUUUGCUAAAGCUAAAGGAAUUGUCAAGCGCAAGAAAGAAAGAAUGGUCUUUGAUGAAACUUCAGGAGAAUAUAAGCCUCGAUGGGGAUAUAAAGCCAUCAAUGAUGACGGAACCAAGGAUUGGCUUAUUGAGGUCCCUGCAGGAGCCAACCCAAUGGAUGAUCAAUACGAAGCUAGGAGAGAAGCCAAAAAGGAGCGGAUUGAUCGGAAUGAGAAGCGUCACCAACGUAAUAUGGAGGAGGCUGCUGUGGCUUCGAAACUGGAUCGAAAAACUGUCAACAAGGGUGAGCGUCCCAACAUGGACAAUGCUCGCGCCAUGAAACGUAAAGAGUUGGAGAGCCAGAUCUUGAUCACUAAAAAUUCAACUGCCAGUGUUGGAAAGUUUGACAAGGCCAUCGAAGGUGACUUGAAACCCAGAGGUAUCAAACGUCAGUUUGCUCCUACGAUCACGGAUCUAUCAAAGGAGAAGGCUGGAAAUAUGAACAUUCUUGAUAAGAUCGUCGGUAAAAAUGGCGAAGAUUUGGUGAAUGUUCGCAAAGCAAUCAAGGCAACAAAGCGUCAGUAGAAAUCAGGAACCCAACUCACCAUUUCAUAUCAUUUAUUUUCAUUGUAAUAAAUAUAUAUCACAUUGCAUUGCUACC